CGCAGCUCCAUAGGUAUAAAAAUAUACGGCUUGGUUUUGUGGUCAUCGCGCGGGUAUCCUGUGGUGUCACAAUUCAUCCAGUCAAUCGCGCAACUCUCAGGCCCCCUCGGUCUUACGUUUUUACGUAUUUUAUUUUUUUUACCGCCAUCAAAGUUCGUAUGUUCAAAGCAAAAAAGGCAGAUUGAAAAUAGUAUUUAAUGAGAAAAUAUGCGGAUUCAAAUGGGCUGAAAUCUUUGAGGAACCGUUUGGUCUGAAGUACGAGCCGAUAGUAAAAUCUACCCGAGUGUCCGUGAAUCCCGUCCCUUGUAGCAGCAAAAAGAGGACUACUUAGAGGCUCUACACUACCAUUCUAAUAAUAUUCCUUCACUUCUAUAUCUAUGGAGAUCUAUAAGGAGAUCCUGAGAAGAAAGGGCCUUGGAUUGAUGUAUGUUUUCAGCUAUAAAAAUAAUUCAAUUGUGUCGACGAGUUUCUUGCUAGCAGAAAGUCGACAAGUUCACAGUUUACAACAAAAAGCGAACACAACCCCACAAGCGACAAACAGAAAGCGACAAAAAACUGCCAAGGUAAAACCAACCAAGGACUACCCGAGGGCCAUGAUUGAUGCUGAAGGCUGGGAGGCAUGAGAAUAGGCAAAUGUCUUAAAGAUAAUAAAGUAGGGGAUUUCUUACUUAGAUACAGCAGUAAAUGUGAAAUAGGCUUUUUUAAAGCACUUGCCCUCAAUGAUAAAUCUGAAAACAUUUUUUCUAUCAACCUAAAGAUAAUGAGGAAAGGGGAAAUGUUAGGAGGGCAGACUCGUACCCAGUCGUUAUUUGCUGUUGCGCGGACAUCCACAGGAAUCCUGAAGCGAAGACGGAAAAAAAUAACGACUGGCAGAUUACAGGUCCAAGAUGGCGGACGAAAUCGGCGAGCAAAAAUGUUACGAAUUUUCACAGACGAAGGACAUAUCCAUACUGCAUUUCUUGCCUGUAAAAUUCAAUGUGCACAUGACAACUGCAAAAAUAGCCUAAAUACUUUCCUGGAGUUUGGAAUUCGGCGUAAGGUCAUGUGCGAAUAGUGACUUCCUCGCGAGACUGUUAGGAGGGUGCUCAACCAAGUUGUUGCAUUACUGAUGAGUUUUUUAUCAAAGCUAUAGUCCAAUUUCUUCUUUUUUUCUCUCUCUCUCUCUCUCUCUCUCUCUCUCUCUAUCACCAGUAAUAAGUGAUAUAUUAAUCUUCCAUAUGUCACCUGAAGUGUAUCUAACUAUAUCAUUCUAUCUUUGGAAUGCUGUUGCAUCCAUCAUUUGUUUCUUUGCAAGGGCAAAGCUGGUCAGAAUGUAGCUUUGAUACGAGUGUACAUUAAUGAAACUUCUAUCAAGGGAAGGGUUUUUUAUUAGAUCAAGGUCUGGGGGGGACUCUCCAGAAAGAUAGACGGGGGUGCUCGGUCUAUCUUUUACGGUAUAAAAUUCUUACCAACUUCUAUCUCUUAGGGUGUGUUUUAGGAUUUUUCCGAUUCUGCUAUCUUUUAGGGGUUUUCACGCCGGGGGAGGAGGAUUUUUCCGAUUCUGCUAUCUUUGAGGGUGUCUUACGCUAAGUGGUGGCCCAAUCGCUUGAAAUGUAUUUUACAAUAAACCACAAGUCAACUGAUCAGUUAAUACUUUCGGCUUUAUUGUUGGUAACAAAACAAUAUAGGAUCUGUCAGUAAAUUCAGUAAAUUAAAACCAGCAUUGUUUUUUUUAUGCUAUCUCUCAGGGUUAAAAAUUCCUCUGACCACACCCAAUGUGCUAUCUCUUAGAGGUAAGAGUUGUUGUUGACCAUGCCCUUAGUGCAAUCCCUUAGGGUUAAAAUUGAUUAUGCUGUCGAGCACUCUCGUCUCUCAAACUCCCGUUUCUCAAAGUUGCCCCCCCUCCACCUCCCCCCUGGGAGCAAGGUACUUAAUUAUAUAAAGACAACAUCAAACUUGUGCUUUUUCAAUAAUAAAUCUGUAAAGAAAACAGUUUUAUAUCAAACCUGUAGAUAGAGAAAGGGGAAAAUGUUAGGAAUGUGCUCAUUUAAGCUAUUAUUGCAUUAUUGUUAUAUAUUUUUUAAAGUAGAUUCAUAUUUUGUCAAAUAGAGUCAUUCAUUUUUCCCUUUUUCUUCUCCUCAUUGACCUUUUGUUAUACUUAUUUCUCUCUUACCCUAACAUAGGUCAAUGAACAUGGUUUGGUUUGAAAUUAGAAAUUUGAAUUAAGCACUUUCAGUAAUAAUUUAGGAUUUGCCUCCAUUGCAUUCAUUUUUGAGUAGCCAGUAUGGGUGGAUCCAGGGUUUCUAAAACCAACAGGCCAAUGGGUUGGUGCACCAAUAUGUAAUGCAUGACAGGAGGUAUAUUUGUGGAGUUUCGUUUCAACACAUUCUUCUGAAUAAUCAGUUGUGGUACAUGAAAACUACAGUAGCGGGUCUAUGGAGGGAGGGGGGUUAGGGGUUUGAACCUCCCCUUGAGCUGUCUUUUUUAUUGUUUUCGGUGUAUCUUUUCAUUCCAAAAUCGUUACGAAGGUAAAAUAAUGACACAAAUUUUUGGGCGAAAUCCCCCCUUGGCAAAAGCUAGAUCCGCCCCUGAACUACAGUAUGGCAUCUAAAUCUUUGGAAUGCUGUUAAAUCCAUGAUAUAUUCUUCACAUGGUCAAAGCUUGUUAGAAUGGUGUUUUGAUAAAUAUAUACAUUGUGGAACUUCUAUGAAGGGAAAUAAGAAUUGACCAUUAGACUCUUGAAAAAACAUUCUCGUCAACUAAGACACCAUGAACUUUGACAGCCUUUUUCACACCAAGUUUUAGUAUUUUGUUAACUUUCAUACUGCAUAUUUAAUAUUAUUGAAUGAGUGCUUGUUUGAUCCAUUUGGAGGGGCCAAUACAAUUCAUAAUUACAUGGCAGUCAAAUUUGACAUAUUUUUAAUCUCAUUAAAAAAAUUACUAGAGAUACUAGAGACACCAAGAUCCCCUCUAGAACUACCCCUAUCAGUCACAAAAAAAGGUGUUAAUUGCUGGCUCCGCUUUUAGGCAGUACCUAAAUCUAUAUAUUAUCAUGGUCUCUUGGUUAUAUACAAUUAUCUAUAAUGACAUUUAUGCACUAGUCAAUUGAAAUAAUGUACCAUACGCUUCGGCAAUAGCACGAUUUCUCCUAGGGGCGGGAGAAAAUUAAAAAUGUAACACCGCACCAAUAUUAUAUUCCCCGCUAUGUCCCGGGGUUCGGGGGCCGGGGUUUCAAUUGACUAGUAGAGACUAACAGCGUAAGUCGAUUUCUCCUUUCCCAGCAUCGAAGCGCUCAGUGCUGACGCGGUAACCCUGUGUUGUUUGCAAAAGCGCGGGAAUUAUUUGGGAGCGCGCGCGACUUACUUUUCUUUUUCAUUUUCCUUAUCUACCAUCUUAUAACUUACAACAUAUUGAUGAUAUUCAUCCUUUGUAGAAAAGCGUAACAAAAUGCCUAAAUAUUUGGCCAUUAACUAUCUUUCACAGGCUUCAGAACAACGACAGCUAAACCUAGCGCGUAUGUUGCUAACUGUCCCACAUCACAUGGAAUGCAUGGAUCUCUAUCCUCAUAAAGGAAAAAUUGAAGAUGGAUCUUGUUUCACACCUUGGACAAAGGUUAUUGCUGAACGAGUAUCGUACUCUAAGGCUGAGCUCGAGUCGAUUACGGCUGGUAUCCGAAGUUUGGAGUGUUUUAGCACAGCAGUUUCUCAUCCCAGCGAAGAUGAAAUGGUACCGAGCUCAAACCCAGAUUCACCUAUAGUCGACUUUGACCUGUGGUCGGAACUUGAAGAAGAAGUGUUAAACUAUGUUGUGGAAACAGUCGAGCCAACACAGGAGAUGUUUUUCAUGGACAGCGCUGAAGACGAUGAUCUUUACAGUAUUGAGGAUCAGAUUUCUGUGGGUGUCACUGUAGACCUGAUAGUGCAGGUACCCCUACUAAGAGACCUGGCAUCACGGCUGAAGCCCAGAGCUGUUCCAGACCCCUUCACUAAUCAUGAUGGAAGUCAAUUGACUGAGGAUUUUAUAUUACGGGGAGAAAGGACGCUUUCUGGUUCUAAAUACACAGCAAAACAAGAUAAUGAGUCAAAGGAGACGUUUCUGAAAGAUUAUGGAUCUCCCAAGGAUGAAAUACCUCAGAUGCUUGAAGAUCCGAUGAUUGAGAGUCCCUAUGAGGAGAUGAUCACGGGACGCAAAACACUGCCAGAUCACCUUGGCCAUAAAGAGGACGUUGCGAUGUCCGACGGCAGUAGUCUUAUCACCACACCGUGCAAACCAAUCGACAAUCUUGAGUAUGCUGUCUCAAGUUUAUCUAGCAAAGUCGAUUUUAUGGAUAUAAACGGAGAAGGUGUACCAUCUCCUGAAGGCUUUGACCUAGGAGGUGUCCUGGAGUCCCCCCUCGCAACCACUAUCAGAGACAGCACAACGCAAUCGAACACAAGUACCGCUACUAACGAAUUGGACCCAGUGACCGUGUCUCCUGUCUUAACCCAUCAAGUCAUGACACCUACUUCGAAAGAGCGAUCAGUCCGUAAAGUUUGGGAAAAGGAAAAAGUCUUUAACGAGAUCGUAGCCAUGGCCUUGCCCGUACCAAAUGUCCCUUCGUCCACCAAGGUAGCGGCUCAAGAUGUCUCAGGCCUUAUCGGAACAAUGGACAAGGAAGUGAUCAACACCGGUGUGGAAUUACGCUUGUGUUGGGACCCCUUAGACGAGGAAGCAGGUCCGAUAGAGAAAGCACGAAUGAAGGUUGCCCGCCUGGCAAAGAUGAGAGUGUCAAAGAAGCAAAGCAAAGGGUCGCCGACUGUUCAACUUCCUGAGGCGUUUAACCAUGUGGAGUUAAGGGAAUAUCAAGAAAAGGGCGACAAUCCUGCGAGAUGUGCUGAUUUCGUGCCAAAAUCUCCUUCAGCCUUGCGGACAACACCCUUACCAGAACGCAAGCAACUGCAAGCAGUGGUCUACCCAACGCAACACGACACAGAUCAUUCUUUGGGAGUAAAACCACAUGAAAACAAAUCACAAAAUGACGCUCCAGCCACUUUGAUGUCCAAUUCUGCAGUUAAAAAAAACGCCAUAUUUUCAAGUCUUGACGACUUUCUGGUGCUUAGAACGACUAAGACACCGCAAGCAUCAGUACGCUCUACAUACGAGAAAGAUAACUCAAACACAAUAUUGAAUACAUUACCUAUAAAGCAAGAGCAAAAAAAAGAACCGAUACCAACGUCUCAUCCAACUAAACGACCAGACGUCCCUCUCAAAGACACGAAAGUAGUGGCGAAACAAGAGCGCAAUGCGUCGCAUAUCACACAAUCGCCUCGAGUUAUCGACCUCAAGCUCCAGGAAGAGUUGCUCGAGGCUGUUGAGUUUCUUCAGAGUAGCAUCCAUCCAUUCCUGGCACGUCUCAAACAAAGUGGUAUCAUCAAGCCAGCCACUACCCUCAGCACCCUAACUCCGGACUACACCCGCUUCCUUGUCAAACAAACGGAAGUAUCCAUGAAAGAAGACGAAAACUUGGAGCAGUGCCACCGAAUGGUAUUGUGUCUGCAUGGACUAGUCGGCGCCUUGGAUCUGGUCGUUAACUGCGGAUUAGCCGUAGCAGUAGCUUACUUGAAUAAUUUUCAAGAGAAACAUGGAUCGGUACUCAAAGGAACGCUUGAGUCAAUUAGACGCCAUUUAGUGAGUGCACAGUUAGCGUUCUACGAACACGGGGUGCUUCACCCGAAGAUGGCUUGCGUGCUGGAGCUCAUAGGCAACUGGAUCAUGUGUAAGCCUUCGAGAAUACUCAUCGUCACCACACGCUUUACUGAGCUCAUCCACUCCAGCAUAGCUAUGAUCAUCUCUUCGUUCGGCAACAUCCCUGUGAUGUUGCUCACGAGCUCCGCCUUGGAUGGGUUUGUGGAGACUAAGGGUGUCGAGGUCUAUGUGGCAAGUCAACUGUCAAUACAGGGUGACUUUCCCUGGGGCCUGUUCUCUUACGUCAUUGAGUAUGAAGGAGAAAGCAUGAUCAAGAGUAAGGUGACCUCAAAGCUGCUUGAUCACGUGUUAUUGAGAACGCAAGGAUCGAUCAAAGAGGAGAACGCAGAGCACGACGCUGGACCAUGUGAUGGGUGCUCGGAAGAUCCGUACGUGCUGAUUGGCUCGACGCGCGUCACUCUUGAUGGUGAACUGUUGCACUUUCUUGAGUCUCGAUACAAUAUUCUGAUCUACGAGAGAGACUACAGUAAGAUGCGAUCAUGCUCUUCGCUCUCCCUCGAUAAAAUGAUGCUGCAGCCAGACCUGAUGAUUGACGAGCGGACGUGUGUCGUUUUGCGUCCUGUUUUUGGACUAGCGUCUUCUGAUGGAUACGAAGAUCUAAAGGAUCUGAUGCUUUCACUUUUCCUGAAAACCCAGCAGUGCUACGUUAUACUGUAUUACCAAACAUCAAGGAAUGGGUGAGUUUCUGAAAACCCAGCAGUGCUACGUUAUACUGUAUUACCAAACAUCAAGGAAUAGCAACGGAUAAGAUGUUUGGCAUCUAAAAGACAACGCUAACUAUGAUGGUGUGACUAGAGAAACUACAGAUAAGCUGUAAAAAACUAAGUGGUUUGAG